AUGCCGCCAAUGCCCCUCCAUGUGACGUCGUUCAAACCCGGCUCGCUGGACUACACAUCGCUUCCGCAACUGCCACUUCCGCCGUGGUGCACUCCGCAAGCGCAACGGGCACUAGGACGUGAAAUGGACAGGAUGCAAAAGGUACAGGGAGACACACCGUUGAGCGAGCUGGGCUGGUACAUUGAUUUCACUCGAAUGGACAACAUGUGCCAGUGGAUUGUGGAACUGCACAGCUUCGAUCGGACGCUGCCUCUAGCUGCCGACAUGGAACGCCUGGGCGUGCAAUCGAUUGUGUGCGAGCUGCGGUUUGGCGCAGACUACCCCAUGUCGCCGCCUUUGGUGCGGGUCAUCCGGCCGCGAUUCGUCCCGUUCCUACAAGGCGGCGGUGGCAAUGUGACGAGCGGCGGUGCCAUGUGCCUGGAACUGCUCACGAGCACCGGAUGGUUGCCGGCUUACCAGAUUGACGCUGUGCUCUUGCAGGUGCGGCUGGCCAUAAGUGCAACGGACCGACCAGCGCGGUUGGAUGCCCGGAACGUUCACAAAGAUUACGGCGUGGCCGAGGCGUUUGACGCGUACAAACGAGCUGCCGUAACGCAUGGUUGGAAGGUGCCAGAGGAUAUGCAGAAACGAAUGACGUUUUGA